AUGACAAACUCGACGGUCCUCCGAAUUGUAAUCACCAAUUACUUUCCCUACUCCAACAAUGACUGUCCAAAUGCCCCGCUGUUCAAACUACGACCAAAUUGUAUUUUGCCCGGUAUCGUAAAUGAGGUACGAGCUUUUGAGCUAUGUUUAUGUAUACCUGGUGAUCAAAAUGAUUAUUAUUUUUAAUAUUCCUUUACAUUUCUUUCAUUUUUUGAGCUUACAAUUAACAGAGGCUGUACAUGUUACAAAAUGAUGAUUUUAUUUCAGAUUUUGGGAAUUGUUGCCGACAUUGCCAACUUCAAAAUUGAACCCAUAGUUAUACACAACCAGAAAUAUGCAGGGGUUUCCUAUACAGAGGUGAGUCCAAAAACUAAUCUGUUGGAUUAAUAAAGAUCGAACACACAGAACUUUAAAGCUAAAAAAACCGAAAAAUUUACAAAUCAAUAAAUUUUUGGAUUAUCGAUUUCAGGCCUCAAAAGAAAUAAGGCUUGAUCGUUUUCCUCAAAGAAAAACUAUCUUGUUUGUGACAAAAUUCAAUAUCUUAAUGCAUUGCCUUUACUGACAACUUACAGACAAUCACCGCAUUUGUUCCAAUGAUCAAGGAGAUGAUGCUGAAUGGCACCGUUGACACUGCCGCCGUCCCUUUGGAAUACAGUAGCAGUCUCGAGGAAGAGUUCGACAUCAGUGACAAUGUGUAUGACGUAGGUCGCGUUGACUCUACUUUUACAGUUGCAGCAGCUGAAUUUCAAGUUCUACGUGUAUGACGAAGACUUUGGAGCUAAUUGGUGGAAUAUGUUUAAGGUCUAUGAUAGCCGGACUUGGAUGGCCAUGUUCUUUUUCCUGGCGAUUCAAUGUUUUCUAUGCGCAUUGGUUCAAGUGGUUCAACGGAGAUAUCUGCAUGACAACAGUUCUUUAAUUGAUGUGAGUCCGACUUUGGAGAGGUUGAUGGUUUGACAAGGGACCUGGGACGCUCAGAUUUUCUUAAAUUUUGAUUAAAUUUGUAUAUCUUUUUAGAAGAUCUGGCAAGUGCUGAGCUUGCAGCUCCUCCAGAGUGCUGGUCCCCGAUUCCGGUUGGUCUCCGGAAACCUCCUUCUCCUCAUAUUUGCCCUUUUCCAAUGUGUUAUCAUCCUCGGAAUAUUUACCUCGUAUUUCCUUUCAAUCAUGGUCCGGAUGGACUCGAAUAGUCAGGAAAUGGUCUACAGCAUGAAAUCUGACCUUUUACACAACCGUAGGCGGCUGAUCACAACGACAAAAAAUGAAUGGAUCAAGGAUAAGAAUGACCGAUACCCGCUGAUUCCGGGGAUGAAGAAGAAAGAGGGAACCAUUUUCUUUUAUGAUAAUGCGGAAGGUAAGGGAAUACUGGACGUUAAAUUGCAAUGUAAAUGCAAAUGUCUGAAAAUGUGAUCGCGGUAUGGUCCCGGAAAGCGCGAGCUUUUCAGGAAUUUGACAUGUGCCACAUUUCCAUUCAUUACCUCCCCGAAUUUCAGAAGCCAUCGCAGCAGUGUUGCAGGAAAACGCCGUUCUCGUGGCGCAAGAAGAUGAAUACGCCGCAUACCUAGCCACGAUGAAUUGCGAAAUCGCUAAAUUAGAAGUUGGAUCACCUCCCUUGACCAGUCAUUUCUUGUUUAUGAAGGGCUUUCCACAUUUGGAAAAGCUAAAUCAAGCUUUGAAGAUUGGAAGAGCCAAAAUUAGAAGGGUUGAAGAGAGAUAUCGUGUGGAGCGAUUGAACAACUGCACACAUUUCAAAAUGGGAGAUCCUUUACGUAUGAAAUCAUCGAAUAUCUAGGAGAUUAUUUUUGCGAUUUUAGGUCUAAACUCAUAUCUGGGAGUGCUGUUGAUGUGCGGUGGUGGCCUUUUCGUUGGUACAAUGUUCUUUGCAUUUGAGAUUUUGGCUAGAAAAUAUAAAAUAAAUAAAACAUGAUGGCUGAUUGGAGAUAUUUCUGAAUUUUCUUGAUCUUGGACUUAUAGUCAGCAUUCAUUUUCCUCAACGCUUUAUAAAUUUCCAAAAACGUCUGUCUCCGCUUACUUAAUAUUUUUGAGAUCUUGCCUUCAAAAGCCGUUUACUAUCUUGACUAUGAUCUAAUUUAUCGAGCUGCGCUCAAUUUUUCAACCAUUUUCUUUCUAUCCCACUAUGCAAUAUGGUACAAUAAGAUUUACAACACAAACUGUGCGCAAUAUAAACGCUCACUUUGAACUAAUGACGUGGGGAACGUUAAAUCUAUAUAGCUAUAAGCCAACGUAAUUUCUUCCCCAUCCUUGCUAUAGAUUGUAAUCAGCUUGCUCUAAAUAUACGAAAUGCCAUUUUCCUCGGGAAAAAAACACUCAAUAAGUGAAGUUUGGAGUUUUCCUAAUUUCCAAAUAUUUAUGCAAAUCCUUUUGUGAAUCGCUUGGGCAAAUUCCGAAAACAAUUGUGGCUGGGGGCGCUCCUGUCAACAGUUUGCAUUUUAUCGAUGACUGCGGGUUUUUGGAUUUUCUUCAUACUUGCUCUGAUUUUGAGGACUGGAGCUGUGGAUGAUGCAGAUGUAGGGGAUGAUGUUCAGAUUGAGCAGAGAACACUGAUUUAUGUCCAAGUGGUACGUGUUUCUAGCAUUUGAACUUUUGUCAUUUACAUCACAAAGUAAUGAAUAAUGGGAAAGGCCCUGGAAUCAUCUUUUUUGGAUUUUUUUUUCUCGUCUUAAUGAAAUAGAACAGAUUUAAAUCUGCAGAUUUUGAACGAACUUUUGUCAUGGAUUUCAACAACUCUAUCUUAAGCUAUGCAGGGCCUAUUUGGAUUUUUAAAUUAAAAGUUACCAAAAUCCGGCGUAUUUUGACGAUUCUUGGCGCCUCGUCAUGAGCUUAGAUAGUUUGACAAGUAAUUAGUAAUAAUACCUUUUGUGAAAUUUUUGCUAUGUUUGGGUCAUAAUUCUACCACCACAUUUCCUGUUUUUCCUAGCUAAUUGGUCUGAAAAUGUCAUUUAGAAUGAUGGUAUCAAAUUCCAUUCCAGGUUUUCCGUCACGGCGACCGGACUCCCCAAAAGCUCUCCGUGGAUGUUCCUAGUGGUGUUCCUCGAGAAUGGUCAAGGCUAGGCCCUGAUCAGUUGACCAGUCUCGGCCUAUCGCAAGGUUAUUAUCUAGGAGAAGUCAUCAAAAAACGUUAUGCCGGGUUUAUUUCCCCUACCUUCAAAGAAGGCCAGGUUUCUGUGCGGAGCUCAGACUUUGGCCGGACAAUCUCUACGGCACAAGGGGUCUUAGGAGGGAUGUUCGGAGCUACUUUCAACGCCAGUGGAUUCAUCGAACAAGGAAUCAGAAUGAAGUCCAAAUAUAAUGACAAAGUAAAUUUUACAAACGUAUAUGCAUCGGAAUUUUUAUAGGAGAUGUACUACCACACACCUUGUUCAAAUGCGGAGAAAGAGAGGGAUCGAGUUUUGCAAGAAGAAGAGGACUUUACGAAACUCCGAGAUGAAUACAGCAACCUGUUGACAAUUAUGGCCAAGCAUUCUAAUUCAUCUAAAGAGAUCCUGGGCUUGGAAGAUGUUUUUGCUGUUGCUGAUUCGAUCAAUGUUUUGGUGAGAUUUUUAUACGGUCGGGAUAAUAAUUGUACAAAAAGUUUGCAAGAGUUUGUCGUUAAAUGUAGGAAAUAUGUUCCUGGCAAUCGAAAUUCCCUAUGUUCUUCUUUCAGAAACUCCACAACCUUACCGUUCCCUCAUGGGUAACCCCAACCGUCUGGGAUGGAAUCCUCAAAAUCCAUGAGAGAGUUGGCUACGGACUCUUUGAAAAUGACUUCCUGAAACGAUUACGAGCAGGUCCUUUGGUCAACAAUGUUCUCCGGCGAAUGCAUAAUUACAUUGUCGGGAUUGUUGACCAUCGUCAGAAAAUUCGGCUUCUUUCAGGGCAUGAUACCACAUUGACCGCGCUGCUCAGCACUUGGCAAAUUCCGUUUGAGGUAAACUGCAGAAUAUUGUAACUGACCUGAAAACUUUUUUCUUAAGGAAGCCCCUGAGCUUUGUUCUGCGCUAGCCAUUGAACUGCAUUAUCACCGAAAUUUUGGGUAUUUCGUGAAAUUUUUCCAUAGAAAUGAAACUAACGGGCAUGUGUUUUACGAGGUAAAAUCAAACCUUUGUGGUGAGACGUGCAUGCUGAAGAGACUUGUAAACGUAUCGGAGAAAUACAUCCCUCAAAACUGGCUAAAGGAAUGCGGAUUCGUUGAUGAGUUUGUUACAAUGGUCGUGAAGCAAAGUGAACGCAAAUAUAUUUGUAAGAAGUGAAGUCGCCAGCGAAAAUAAUGUUGUGUUUAGGGAUUCUCGUAUUCCAAACCCUAAUAUUUGUACUGGUGUUAGUGGUCGCUGGACUGAGAUGGUUUGGCCGGAGGAUUGGCCAAAAUGUCAUCCAUUCGUCACUAAAGAACUCGUCAAUGAACGAAAUGAAUGUUUUGAAUAAAAUAUAA